GACCAAAGUGAGAGUUAUACUGAAGGUGGGCCUUUCAACCUUCGACCCAGAUUGUUUUGUUGACCAAAAAGUAGCAUGCAAAAAUCGAUGACAGAAAGUCCGAAAUCGUUUCCGUUUGUUGAUGAUCGGAGACGGAGUGGUGGGAAAUGGAAAUAGGAGGAGGAAGAAAACUGAAGAGCACAGAAACCAUGGCUGUUCAAUCGGUGACGCGCUCCGCACCACCGCCCAGAAACAGAUCAAAACCCAUAACUUUUCUCCAAAACCCCAAAAUACCCUUCGCAGCUUCUCUUCUCUUCGCCGAUGCCGUCCUCGUCGCUCUCAUAAUCGCAUUCGUCCCCUAUACGAAGAUAGAUUGGGAUGCUUAUAUGUCACAGGUGACCGGGUUUCUGGAAGGGGAGAGAGAUUACGGAAACCUGAAAGGUGACACUGGCCCUCUUGUUUACCCUGCUGGCUUCCUUUACAUUUAUUCUGCAUUUCAGUAUCUUACUGCUGGACAAGUUUACCCUGCUCAGAUUUUGUUUGGAAUCUUGUAUAUCAUUAAUCUGGCAAUCAUUCUCUUAAUCUAUGUGAAGACUGAUGUGCUUCCAUGGUGGGCCCUUUGUUUACUUUCUCUAUCCAAAAGAGUGCAUUCUAUCUUUGUGCUUCGUCUCUUCAAUGAUUGUGUGGCCAUGAUGUUUCUUCAUGCUGCAUUACUCUUACUCAUGCACAGAAGGUGGAAUCUAGGUUUGAUUGUGUUCAGUGUUGCUGUUUCGGUAAAGAUGAAUGUGCUUCUUUAUGCUCCACCUUUACUACUCCUCAUGCUAAAGUCUAUGGAUAUCAUUGGGGUGUUUUGGGCAUUAGCUGGUGCAGCACUGGUUCAGAUAUUAUUGGGGCUUCCUUUCCUAGUUUCACACCCGGUUGCAUACAUAUCAAGAGCCUUCAAUCUUGGCCGUAUCUUCAUCCAUUUCUGGUCUGUCAACUUCAAAUUCAUCCCUGAACCAGUAUUUGUGUCCAAGGGAUUUGCAAUCUUUUUGUUGGCUGCUCACCUCAUAUUACUUGCUUUGUUUGCGCAUUAUAGAUGGUGCAAACAUGAAGGAGGGCUUCUCAACUUUCUGCAUUCCAGAAUUGUCUCUAUGAAGCUGAGGUUUGCACUUUUCUUUUCCUCUGCUUCUCCAAAGUUUGGCAAGAGUAGUUCAUCAAGCAUCAAGAUCCUCACUAAAGAACAUAUUGUGACAACUAUGUUUGUUGGGAAUUUCAUUGGCAUUGUAUGUGCUCGGUCAUUGCAUUAUCAGUUCUAUUCGUGGUACUUCUAUAGCUUACCUUACUUGUUGUGGAGAACACAAUACCCAACCUUGCUGCGCUUGAUUUUAUUCGUCGGAGUGGAGGUCUGCUGGAAUAUCUUCCCUUCGAAUAAUCUCUCGUCAGCUCUGCUUUUGUGGCUUCACUUAGUUAUUCUGUGGGGUUUGUGGUCUGCUCCACCGGAGCAUCCUUAUGCACAAGAUAAACCUUCCUCUCGCAAACACAAAUAGUUCAAAGGUUCAUCAACGGAUGAAUUGGAUAAAUGAGUUUCCUCUUUGAUGUAAAUUUUUGUGUUGUAUCUUCAGGCAACAUAGGAAUGACAAUCGCUUUAGAUCUUGACUGUCACAUUUUGACAAGUUUUCUGCUUUUUGUUUUCUUUACCUUGUAACUUACUGUAAGAAGUUUUGCACGGAUAUUUAGUGAUGGUUUGUGUUGCAUACUUGCAUGUCUUAAAAGGAGUGUUGCCAUCAGAACCCAAAAAAUAAAGAGUAGUAUUUUAACUACUGGAUUAAUAGCACUUGCUUGUU